CAAAACAACCUUAUUCUUAUUAUAUAAUUUCUAAAUAGCACAAUUUUAAAUAAAGAUGUUUCUGGUUGGCAGGUACAAUAAAAUAUUCCUACAUAAGUUUGUAUUAAAAAUUGUAAAGUAUAUUAUCAAUAUGGCAAUGGAAAGUAUCGAGAAUCCGUCUAGUUACACCGCGUUGGACAUAAAUGGAAUGCACCUCAAUAAAGUUAUCCAAGUACAAGGAGUAACUGAAGAUAGGAGUGACGGCGGCUACCACGUCAAUCUCUUGUGUGGUUCAAGAACGGAACGCGGAGAAACCGUAGCAUUGCGCAUCAACCCUCAAUUCGCUGAGCAACAAAUUUACAGGAAUACAAAAAAUAACAAUUCGUGGGGGGAGGAUGAAUUUGACGGUGGAUUUCCUCAUCCUUCAUAUGGUUUUGAAUUCAACUUAUGGAUUAAAUGUAGAGAAAAUCAUUUUGAGAUAUCUUUUAAUGAAAAUGAAGAGUUCAUCACCUUCGAACAUCGACUUCCUUAUUCCAAAAUCACUCACAUAUACCUUGGAGGAGAUUGUACCUUCAAACUAGUACGGGCUUACAUGGAACAGCAGACUUCUGAGGAAAUGAUUAUUCGACAUCCCGGUUUGCCUUGGGAAGGAAAUAUGCCCUUUGAGGAUAGUAUGCAUAAUCAAUCAAUUUCGUUUUACGGAUUACCAACUGAGGAAAAUGGACGGUUUGAGUUCAACUUUAUGGAUCGAGAUGGAAAUAUUCAUUUACAUUUCAAUCCAAGAAUGUCCGAAAAAGAGAUUGUCCGAAACGAUUAUGAUGCCUCCACUGGAUAUUUUGUAUCCGAUAAUGCACAGCUGGACCUGGAUAUGCCGUUUCCAUUUCAUUACAAUAGUUCUUUCGUGGUGAAAGUAACUGAAGAUGACUAUGGAUUUCAAGUUGAGAUCAACGGUGAAAAAGCUUUCCAUUUUCAUCAUCGCAGAGAAAACAUCGACGAUGUCACGAUAUUAAGGGUGGAAGGGGAUGUGGCCAUCAAUAAAAUUGAAUUUGAAUAAUAUUUUAAAGCUUAGGGCAGCAAAUCAAUAUAAUGAAUAUUGUUUGGUUGUCAUAAAUGAAAUGUAUACUUGAUAUUAGCUUAGAUCCCACUAUAAUAACAGCCUUCAUCAUUUCCUUGUUAUGCCAAACAACAUUGUUAUUGUGGAAACCUGUCUGAUUGUUUUAUUUUUUAUUUGUUGAGUUUUUGGUGUUUAAUGUUAUAGUUUCAAUAACCAUGCAAAUGAAUGUUAUUGUGAGAUAAUAUUCGACAUUGCUUUUGAUUUGAGUGUCAACCCCAUUUUAAUUUUAUUAAGGAUGUUCUUAAAUUCAUCAGUAUAACAUUUUCCAAAAUUUUUUUUGGACAUUUUAUUUGGUGUUUAGCGUUUACGUGGAUACGAGCCCUAGCAAAUGUAGCUAAGUGUCAUAUUGGAGUAAAUAAAUUCAAACUUUAUCAUCAG